AUGCUAUACCGCUUAAUAGCAACACGCACUCUUCUUUACUUUGAAUCUCGUCGACGAAUAACUCCUCGGGAUCGAAUUUACGGCACGGUCGGUGAGCGUGAAGCGUUAGAUAGCGAGCUGGUGCUAGGAGCUUCCGCUCUUUAUUACCAUGUUUGCCCUUUUAAGAUUGCGGUUCUUACAUCAUGUUCAGAACUACUAUUUGAAUCCCCAAAAUGCCCUCACCUUCCAUCUUUAUUUCAUUAUUCCCAACUACCUUGCUUGCAGCUCCUGCUUGAGUUUGCAGAUGCCCGGUUGCGUUGGAAAAAAACAACUCCUGGUUCAGCACCAAGGCAUGCACCUAAGAGGGUUAAAUCAACAGUCAAACUUGACAAGCUGGAUGAUAUGAGCAAGGAGUGGAUUGACUCUGAUUUCUUGAUAUUUAAUUCAGGUCAUUGGUGGACGCCAACUAAGCUUUUUGAUAUGGGUCGCUAUUUUCAGGCAGGUAGAUCACUAAAGCUUGGAAUGGGGAUCGCAUCUGCCUUUAGAACUGCAUUGGAGACAUGGGUAUCUUGGGUUGAGUCUUCAGUCAACAGAAACAGAACUAGGGUGUUCUUCCGGACUUUUGAAUCUUCGCAUUGGAUAGGUCGAAACCGUAAUUCAUGCAAAGUGACUCGACGCCCUUGGCUGAAAACUAAAGGGAGAGAUCAUAGCCGAAUUUCUGACAUUAUAAUUGAUGUUGUAAAGAAAAUGACAACUCCUGUGACAGUGUUACAUGUAACCCCCAUGGGAGCUUUCCGUAGUGAUGCUCAUGUUGGCACUUGGAGCGAUAAGCAGUCGGUAGCUGAUUGCAGCCACUGGUGUCUUCCUGGAGUGCCUGAUACAUGGAAUGAAAUUCUCCUAUCAAUGAUGCUCUCCAAGGAUGGAGUAACCGUUCAGUGAACAAGAACUUGCAAUCCUUUUACUUCUCCUUCCCACCCCCCUCCUCCGUCACUGCAUAAGAACAUUUGCUGUGAAGUCCCCUCUUGAGAAGAAAGAUGAAUAAUUAUGGUAGUCGUAGCAUGAUGUAAUGCAUGUUUAUUAACUAUUACUAACUGAAAGGCAGGCAAAAAUAAAAAAUAGACAAGUUUCAGGAGUUUUCUUUUCGUUCUUUAUUUGGUGGAAAUUUCUAUGUUAUUUUGUAAGAAGAGCAAAACUGUAUGUCAUCUGGCAAACAUCUGAUCCGUAUACUGAUUUGGUCUUCUGGCUGAAUUCAAGGGUUCACCUGCUAAUCAAA